UCCAUGCACGCUUUGCACUCCACAAUGCUGACGUACCAACCUGGCUGUAUGGAAGAGACAAACACCAUUCAAGGUUGACACUAGCGAAAUAGCUCUCCAGCUAUUUCGUUGUAAAGGAUAUAUUUUUUGCUACAUUGCAGUACUUUGGGACUCAAUAGUUGUUGGUAUCAUAUUCGCCAUAAUUGUAAGACCACUUCACCCUCCUGUCUUAGUUUGCAACGUUGCCUAGCAACACGAACAUGGCCGAAGAACACAGCAGCUCAGAGGCUCUGCCUCCUCAGAACUCACUGCAACUAUCCAUCCCGCCGUCCGAGGCUGUUGGGGCCGAAGAGGAAAUGGAGGACGAACUGGUUGUGUUGGACCCAGACCACCCUCUGAUGAAAAGGUUCCAGUCUGUUCUGAAGAGCCACCUGGAAAAACAGCUGGAGGAUCUCAACACAGAUCUGCGUGAGAAUCGGAUUGUGGAACACGCCGAGUGUAAGGGGCGGGAGGAGCUGGGUGUGGAAGUGUACUCUGUGCAGCAUGAGCUGGCCAGGCUGCAGGCUAACCUGGAAGACCAGCAUGAUACCAACAUGCAGAUGGCCGCCCAGCGUCUGCAGGUUCAAGGGCAGCUAGAGGUCAUACGCAGCCAGUACCAAACUACCGUAAACCAGAACAGGCAGCAGAGAACGUGCGAGUCCCAGCUGCAGACGGAGGUCGACAACCUAGCGCUGCGUCUCUUCUACAUGCAAGGAGUGAACAGGGACCUACAGUCUGACAUCACCGCUGUGAAGAACGCCUCCCGCAAGGCCCAUUCUGAGAAGUCCCAGGCAGCGGAGGAGAAGAAUGCGCAGGACCUGUACGUGGAGCGCUUGACCAAACAAGCGGAGAGAUUGACGGAGCAGAUCGGUCUCUACGGUGUCCAGACCGAUGAACAAUCUGCAGAGACGCAGGUGGCCAAGGAGGCUCUCACAGAGGCUCAGAUGGAGAUGGAUUCUGUGUUAGUGGAGCAGAAGCAGCUGCUGCAGCACUGGAACAGCAGUCUGCUGGGCAUGCGGCGUCGUGAUGAGGCAAAUGCCGCCAUGCAGGAGGCGCUGCGGAUGGUGCGAAACCAGGUGCGGCUACUGGACACUGAGAUGGAAGGCUUCAAGAAAUCGAUCACAGACGAAGAGGAGCGCAACGAGCGGCUAACUGUGCUGCUGAAUCGCACCCAGCUGGACUGCGAUACCUCGCGCAAGCUGAUAGCGCAGAGCCAGGCCCAGCAGGAGGCGCUGCAGGCCCAGUACAGCACCUACACGCGCAUGCUGCAGGAGACCGAGCAGAUGCUGGCCCGCGUGACGGGGGACUGUGCUGUGCGGCAGGGCGAGCUCGACGUGCUGAGGAAACAGAUCGAGAAGGAGGCCUCCGUUCGCCUGGAGCUCGAGGACAGGAUAAUGACCAAGAUGCGGGAGCACCUCACGCACGACCAGGCGGCCAAGUAUUCCCGCAGGCUGAUGGAGGAAAUGGCCGCCCACAGGACUGACAGGGAUCUGCAGCUGUCGCAGCUGGAGAACGAGGUUGCCCAGGUGACGCUGGGGAGCACGGAGGUGACACUGCAACUGGAGUCGCUGGCGCGGGUCCUGGCCGAGCUGGGGAGGCAAAUGGACCAGAAGCACAAGCAGCUGUCCGACAAGGAGGCCGAGAUGAAGAAGCAGAUGACCGUCAUGGAGCGCAAGCAGGACGCCAUCAGCAUCUGCAACAAGAAGAUCGAUCAGAUCCGGGCUGAAACUGGGCACAAGGACAUGGGCGUCCUCGAGAUCCGUGUGAACAAGCUGAGCAAGGAGCUGGAGGAGGUGGGCGCGGAGAUGAAGGAGCAGCAGCAGCACUGGCUGCGGCAGCAGGAGGAGCUGGUGCGGCUCAACCAGGAGCGCCAGGCCCAGGGCGGGGCUCUGCUGGCCCUGCAGACGCAGCUCACCAUCCUGCAGCAGAGGAAGCUGCGCCGGGAGGGUGAAAUCCAGCAGGAGAGUCACGAGCUGACAGAGGUGGACAGGAACAUGAAGAACUUGAUGCUGGACUUGGUGAAGCUCAACACUUUGGUGAACAAGAACAGCCAGCAGCAUGAGGCUCUGGAGCAGAGCAAUUCCUUGAUGGAGAACGACUUCCUGCAAAGACUGAAGGAGUGUGAACGGGAAUCCAUCACCAUGCAGAUGAAGCACGAGAACAUCCAGGAGGAGAAAGAGAGACUGCUCAGCCUGCUAGUGGAGACAGAGAGGCAGAUCAUGCUGUGGGAGAAGAAGACUCAGUUGGCCAGGGAGUCCCGGAUGGCCGUGGACUCGGAGAUCGGCCAGGGAGACAUCCGGAGUAUGAAGGCUGAGAUUCACCGCAUGGAGGUGCGGUAUGGACAGUUGAUGAAGCAGCAGGGGCGCCUGCUGAAUGAGAUGGAGGCCAUGGUGGCCCGGCGGGGGACCAUCGAGACACAGGCCAAGGCCCAGGCCCGAGCCGACAGGAAGCAGCCCACGCACACAGACUUCCGCAGUGUACUGCAGAGCCUGCGCAGAAAGAUCCAGGACACGCACAAGCAAGUGAAGGAGUCGGACGGCGUGAUUGAAGAACUGCAGGACGCCCUACAGACCAUGAGCGCCAACCUGAGGGAGAAGCAGCAGCAGCUGAAUGAUCUGCAGAGUGCCAGCGCGGUCCGGACCUCAGACCUGCGCAGUCUGCAGGACUCCAAAGAGCGGAACCUGACGAGGCUGAUCGCGCUGCAGGCCCGGGCCAAGCAGCUGCAGGUGGCGCGGGAGGGGCGGUACAACUUCGUCUCCGCCAGCGAGUCGGCGCUGGAGCCCGCCAAGCAGCGGCUGGAGGAGAGGCUGCACACCGUCAGCACCGUCCUGCACCGCGUGUGCCAGGAGUCCCCCCAGCACGAGGGGGCGCUGCGCCACGUCUCCCUCAUCCUCACCAACCGCCUCGAGAACCAGCAAGAGACCCCAUGACGGCCAUUUGAAGCGGACGCAGGGGAGAGGAGACACUAAAUGUCCUCGAAGCGGCAGGGAUUUCCACAGAAACAAAAAUGAAUGAAUCAUGAUAAUUUGAUUUAGUCCUCUUGUAUUUGUUAUCAUUGACUACUACAGAUGUAAAUGAGUCUUAAAUGUCCAAAUUGGCAAAGUGAUUGGGUAAUUGAGCUGCAUAGAAUAACAUAAAGUUGCAGGGCUGUGGCUUGGACUGUACACCUGGACCUCAUACUUGGAACUGUGUAUAGCUCUGGGAUUUAUACUGCUUCUGUGUGGUUCAUCCAGACUGUAAAUCCUUUACUGUACAUGUGGAUGAAAUGAUCCUGCUCUCCACUGUCUUCUGUAUGUCCCCAUGCAGACGCAUAGGUUUUGGGGGAGACGGAGACAUGUCACCCCCAAUAUUUUCAUAUGAAUUAAUUGCUAGACUAGUUAGUAUGCUUGAGACUUGACGUUUGACUAUGUGAGACCAGUUGGUCCAGCAGUGUGUCUCCCCCCAAUUUUUUAUGAAUCCUAUGUCAAAAUUCUGCCCCUGUAUAACACUGCAUGAAAAAUUGAGUUUCUGGCAGAUACCCAACCUUUUAAAUUUCAAUAAAAUUUGGAGUAUUUUGGUCAGUUUCCCCAUGUCAACACACAAAUUUCCAGAAACUUCUUCACGCUCAAGGUCCACGUCUGUGAUUUGGGAUUUCCGGACUCCGGUAAUCCCAAUUAAUUCAUGGGUUCUGUAAACGCUGAAAUUUAUUGCUGAGUCCUGAGAUGUGGAUGGCCAUGUAUGGUAAUUUAUGCUAAGUGUCUGGAUAAGGGAAUGUGUCCGUUUUCUGACUUGUGUCCACACGUAAAUGCAACAUUCCAUGCAGUGUAAGCAACCAAGGAAGGUUUUGCACUCCCUGAGAGAGGUUCAUAAGAUUAGAAAAUUGUAUGGAUUUUCAUACCCAUCUUCCUAUAGAUUUGAGUGAUUGGCAGAGUGAAUAACCAGUAAGUUAUUGCAUUUUGAUUAGGUCUCUGUCUUUUCUGAAAAUAAGUUGUUGCUUGCUUGUCUAUAUGUUAGUGCCGUUUGUUUUGCAGGCUUGCA